AUGUCUUCUACGAUCGCGACUGUCGCAAUAAUACUUUCAGCCUUUUUUCAAGGUUUGCAAUGUGCCUCAUUCGAUCGACUGUUGGUUGAAAAUUUGCUGAAGGACUAUAAUACGGAUGUGAGACCAGUUGAGAAUACGUCACAAGUACUCGAGAUUUCACUGGGCCUUCAGCCAUAUAGAUUGCUCAGAGUGGAUGUGGUUGAGCAGCUUGCGCGGAUGAGCCUUUGGCUUAGACUGACCUGGCAAGAUCGGUCCUUGAUUUGGAGUCCUUCGCAGUAUGGAAACCUGACGCGUAUUAACUUACCAGUAGAUACGAUCUGGACACCACCCGUAGGACUAUUAAACUCGCUUGAGUCACGUUUUGCCCCGCUUUUUGAAAGUUCUGACGAUGGUCUGAGCGUCUUAGCCGAGAUUCGAUAUGACGGCCAAAUCAAAAUAGCCGUGCCGACAAUCCUCAGUAUCUCGUGCCUAAUGGACAUGACCAUGUAUCCGUUUGAUAUUCAAAGAUGCAACCCUAAAUUCGGAACAUGGGCGUACACGAACAAGGAUCUGAAGUUCUCAGCAGAUGUCAAAUCAUCAAUACUGGCCGAGUCAAAGGAGGCUUUUGCGUCCUCAGCUGGUUGGUCAGUUAUGGAAUACCGCGCUGUUGACCAGCAUGACAACGACACUAACACAAGUCCUUCCGUGACAUUCACCAUGCAGCUGAGACGUCACACAACGUAUUACAUUGUGAUCCUAUUUUUGCCGUGUUUAUCGAAUGCAAUGCUGACACUUCUCGUUUUCCUCCUUCCGACGGAGACUGGGGAGAGAAUUGGUGUUGGUAUCAACACUCUCUUCAUCAUGUGGGUCAAUUAUUUAAGGGCAUUAAAUAGGAUGCCUAAGAGUCCAGAUCUGCCUGUUUUCUGCAAGUUUUCUUACUUUGUAAUGUUCGAGUGCGUUUGUGCUAUCGCUGUUUCUUGUCUCCUCAUUUCCUUCUAUCACAUGAAUGUUCAUAUAGAAAUGCCUGAUUGGGUCAAGACCCACCUACUAGACAGAAUGGCGUGGCUGGUAUUCUUACGAUCUUCUGUGAAACGUCGCCAAAGGACGGUAGAGAAAUUUAGAAAGGAAGCCGAACAGUUCCGCUCAAGGUUUGGAGGCAGUACUUACCAUAAGAUAACAAUAGGACUGAAUCUGUUCGUUGACAACUCGCUCAAGGAGUUUGAGACAUUUUGGCGACGAGAAGAAUGGCGCCUUGUCUCACUUGUCUUGGAAAGAUUUUUUACUUAUUUCUUUUUGUUUACAGUUCUUAUUUCUUUUUUUGUUUUUGCUGCAACUGUGUGGUAA